GUCUUCAUUUUCUCAACAAAAUUUGUCCAUCUCUGACGCAGACCCGUAAUUCUUGAAGCUUCGUUUCAAUGGCGACUGGAGAAAAGCAAGUAAUGGUUGUCGGAAUCGACGACAGUGCGCACAGUCUCUACGCUCUCGAGUGGACUUUAGACCAUCUCCUCGUUCCAACCUCUCCGGUUAACUCCCCAUUCAAGCUCAUCAUUGUUCAUGCCAAACCUUCCGCUUCCUCCGCCGUCAGUCUCGCCGGACCUGGAGCGGCUGAGGUUUUGCCCUAUGUGGAUUCGGAUUUGAAGAAAAUUGCUGCACGAGUUAUUGAAAAAGCGAAGGAGCUUUGCCUCGCUAGAUCGGUGCAUGAUGUUCUGUUGGAGGUGAUAGAAGGAGAUGCCAGGAACGUACUUUGUGAGGCCGUAGAGAAGCACCAUGCUUCUAUGCUGGUUGUUGGAAGCCAUGGCUAUGGAGCUAUAAAGAGGGCUGUUUUAGGGAGUGUCAGUGAUUAUUGUGCUCAUCAUGCUCACUGCACCGUGAUGAUUGUAAAGAAGCCCAAAACCAAGCACUAGACCUCAUUUGCAUUUUGGUCCUUUUAUCGAGAGUGAUAACUAAAGGGAUCCCAAAUGAUAUGGAUGGUAAUUUGGAGAAUCCUGCAGAUUUGUAUAAUCAUCAAAAUAAAAUUUAAAAAAAUGAAGGGUGUUGUAUUUGAUACGAAUUGUGAAUCUCAAAGCUCUGUAAUAAUAAAGCUUCCUUUAUUUGUGUGAUUUGAGAAUGGUUUGUGUUCUAGAAA